AUGGAUAAGUUAAGGAAUUUGCCGAAUUUUGAGAGGUUUUUCUCCAGAAGCUUUAGGGAAAGAGCCAAAAAACUUCUAAGGGAGAAUAAAGUUCACGUUAUUAUCUACUUAUCCUUUCUUUUCGCCCUUCUAAUAGUAUACACCUUUAUCUCAAGUGGAGGUUUCUCCUUUCUUCUGACGCUUUCGUCACUUGUGAGCUUUUUGUCAUUUUUAAUUUUAGUGUUCUGCGUCGAGAGCGCUAGAAGUUCAAAAGGAAUCUCGCUUCAAACCACUUUAUCAUACGUAUUUGUAUUUUUCGCAAGGCUCAUAUCAAUAUUGAUACACCAGGGGUAUUUACCGACCGACUCAUCGGGAGACUAUCUCUACCAGCUGUCUGAGAUACUCUGUCUUGUAUUCGCAGGCUACAUAGCGUACGCGUGCAAAUUUAAGUUCGGGGAUACCUAUGAAAAGGAUAAUGACAAACUAAAAUGCAGUUUAAUUUUGAUACCAUGCUUCGUACUGGCGUUAUUUGUACACCCAUCACUCAAUCGUUUCUUCCUCACGGAUGUCUGCUGGGCGUUCGCACUAUAUGUGGAGACGGUGUGCGUUCUACCACAACUUUUAAUGUUUCAAAAAUCAGAUAGGGUCGUCCCGGCACUGGCACACUUUACUGCCGCUCAAUCGUUGUCAAAGGUGUUAUCCUUUGUGUUUUGGCUCUCGACGUACACCGAACUGAACUCUAAGGGAAACAUAAUAAAACCCUUUGUGGGCCACUGGGUAAUAUUCACUCAGUUUGUGCAGGUAUUGCUCGUCGCAGACUUCAUAGUACACUACGUGAAGUGUAUCACAAAGGGAAUUUCAGUAGAACUGAUAAUGUCCGACAAUGUGUAA